UGAGAGAGAAAAAGAUCUAGUCGACCUUUCUCAAGUUUCUCUCUUUCAAGUAGAAGAAGAAGCACUAAAUUUGAACAGAUAAUACACUGAGCAAAAAGGAUCAAAGAACCAUGGGCAUACAUUUUCCAAUCAAGAUCUUCCUCCUUCAUCUUCUUCUAGUUCUGAGUUCUCAUGGAAGUGAGGGAGCAAGAGAGAUGAUAACUAAGAGCAACAAUGUUUUGAGACUUCCGAGUGAUCAUGCACAGGCAAGUCCAUCAUCAUCUCAUAUGGAUCACUUGGAUCCAUCAAUGAUGAUCUUUUUCACUUUAGAUGAUCUCAAAAUAGGCAAGAAAAUGCCGAUUUAUUUUCCUAUGAAAGAUUCUUCAUCUACUCCACCUAUGUUACAUAAAGCAGAAGCAGAUUCCAUUCCUUUUUCAUACAAAGACUUUCCUUACCUCCUUAAAUUAUUUUCCAUCUCUCCAAACUCUCCUCAAGCCAUAGCCAUGGAAAAUACUCUAAAAGAAUGUGAACUUAAACCCAUCAAAGGAGAAACAAAAAUUUGUGCUACUUCUUUAGAGUCGAUGGUUGAUUUUGUACGCGAAACUUUUGGAUUAGAGACAAAAUUCAAGAUUUUAACAACCACACAUCUUAUAAAAUCAAAGACCCAUUUAGAUAAUUAUACAAUAAUGCAAGAACCUAAGGAGAUACCCGUUCCAAAGAUGGUGGCUUGCCAUACGAUGCCGUAUGCAUAUACGGUGUUCUAUUGCCAUAGCCAACAGACUGAGAAUAAAGUGUUUGUGCUUUCACUGAAAGGUGAAAAUGGAGGAAGAGUAGAAGCUGUUGCUGUUUGUCAUAUGGAUACUUCUCAAUGGAGUCAUAAUCAUGCAUCGUUUCGUGUGCUUGGAAUUAAACCUGGAACUAUUCCUGUUUGUCAUUUCUUUAAAGGAGAUAAUCUUGUUUAUGUCCCUUUGCUUGCCUAUGGUGAUCAAUAAUAAAGUUGUAUGUUGUUCUUGUAAUGUAAGGUCUUUAAUAAUUAGGUUUGUGGUUUGUGUGUAACUUUUUUGGAUUGUUGCCAAUAAAUGUGUACUCUUUAUGUAUUUGUUUGCUAUAAUUUUAAAAUUAAGUUUGAUGAAUAAUGAA